AUGGCUUCUUUUGAUGAUUUGUCCAGUCUCGAUGAUGGUGCGAAAGCUCAUGAAGCUAUUUAUGGACAACAGCCUCGUCAUCAUUCAUCAUGGACACAUGAACUUCUUGCUGGUGGAGCUGGUUUUGCCGCUAUGAAAGCCUACGAAGAGUAUGUUCGUAGUACUGGCAAACAAUUAUCAAAUGCAGAGAUGAAAGAGAUGCUUGCCAGUUUAGCAGCAGCCGAGAUUGACAAACUUUUUGAAGAUUAUGGAAUUGACUUUCUCGAUAAGGAAGCGGCAAAAGCUCGUUCUGUUGCGCAAGCACAUAAACAUGCUCACGAAAAAUAUGGAUCGGAUGGCGUAUUUUGCGCGGAAUAA